UCUUGCAGAGCUGCUGGAGCUGGAUAUGGUGCAUGAGAAAGAAUCUGGAUACCUGUUUGGAGAGCCUUGCAUGACACGAUGUCUCGGUGCUUCCCAUUCCCGCCUCCGGGAUAUGAGGCGAAGCGCAGGAGUGAGGACAAGGAUCUGCUAAAGAAGGAAAAGCAAAAGACGAAGAAGCACAAAAAGGAAAGAAAGGAUCGGGGAAAGAGAGAAAGAAAAGAGAAGAGUCAAGAUCAUAGGAAUGGUAAGCACAAGAAGAAACACCAAGGAGAGAAGCACAAAGAUAGAACAAAGAAAAAGGAAAGAAAAGGAGAGAGAAGACACGCUUUGGAACAAGGAACUCAGAAGAAUGAUGAUCUUGACAAUAGAAGACCAAAACAAAUAGUACGUAAUGAAGCAGUGAAAGAUAGCAAGCAUAGAGAUGAGUUGACUAGCCAAAUCACAGUCCAAGAAGGUCAUGCAAACAACACUGAAAGGUUGCUUCCUCGAAGCAUUGAGUCCUUCGGUGUUGUAGGUUCUGAAGAGAAGGAAAGAACUUCUAUCAGUAGAGCGAAUGAGAAAUCUGGGCAAUCUGGUCAGGACAACCAUGCCACUGAAAACGGCAAGGGUAAAACUCGAGUGCUGAACUGUAGGAGCCUUCAAGGUGGACCGGCUGAAAAACAUUCCACUGGAAUACAUGGUAGUAAUGGAGUAGGCCUGCAACAGGAUAGCUCUAAAGGUGUAUUUGCUACUACUGCAGCCAUUCAACAGAAGCGCAGAAUUAUAUCAAGCACAAAUGCUGCACAGAGAACUGAGCAAGUUGACCAACGCUCUAUUAGUUCUUCUCAUUCUGCGUAUGGAAAAGGUGACAUCAUGACCACCAUGACGGAGAAGAAGAAUGGGAGUGCUAACAAUUUUCAUUCCAGGAUGGAUAAGGAGUUGGUAGGAGGCAAAAAGGGAGCAGAGCAAGGGAAUGCAAAGAUUAAAGAGGGAAAAGCUAAUCAUCAGAAGGUUGUUAAAGAUGGAGAUAGAGGUCACGAUGUAAAUCACAAGGCUGUCAAAGACAUAGACAGAGAUCACAAUGUAAAGAAAAGAAAGGCCAGAGACGGAAAUGAAGGCAAAGUCAGGGAGAAAAGAAAUGUUGGACAUGAGCAGAAGCGCAAAGAGCUUGAUGUACAAGGGACAAAGAAGAACUGUAUUCAUGAAAUGGAGUCGGCUCAUCUUAAUGGGAACAAGUUCAUUUCUGACGAUGUCAAGAAAAGGAAAGACUUAAACACUAACAAUUCUCUACAUGAGCAUGGUAUGCGGAUGACUAAGUUACCAAGAACAUCUGCUAAUCAUCUUCGUGUAAAUGGGAAAGCGCUGAAGCAUUCUCAGGGAACUGCACCUUGUUCUUCCACAUUAUCAGCUGGCACAACUCCUUGUGAGGCAGACAUGCUUCAAGAUAUCAAGGAAUGCUACAAUGAUGGCAUCGCCGGAUCUCGCUAUCUGGAGAAACACAAAUCUUUAGUUUCUUCAGCCAGCUAUGACAGUAGUGAAGUCUAUCUGACACCACCUCACCCUGAUACCAAGUAUCUGAGCCAAGUGUACUCCAUACCAGCAGCUGACGACUGCUCGGAGUACAUUGAUCAAGACUGGCUGUUUUCUGGGGACCUUGUUCACCGGAAAUCAACGGAGGCCGCAGAACCACUCCAAGUUUGGGCUGAAGCACAGCCGAUGGAUUCUGCUGAUGUAGUUGCCAUGCCUUAUAUCGUUCCGUUAUGAUGUGGACUCCAUUGUAGGCAUGGGAAAAUGACUUCCAGAGCUUGGGCUAUGAUCUGAAAGCGUGGAAGACGGAUUCGCCUGUUCCCAUUUGCCUUCUACUGAGCUGCACAAAGUGUACCAGGUUGUUCUGCCCCUUCUCUAGAAUCCUUUUUGUGUUCGUGAGAUUCCUGGCCACUUACUGUUUGUCGAAUGAAGACUGAGCAUCGCAUGUGCCAUAUCAACACCG